AUGGCUAGCAAAGUGUUGUUGUUGUUGUUAUCAUUAGCUGCCGCUCAGGAGGAAUCACGCCAAAGUGAGACGUUGAUACGCCAUUUGGUGCCUAACUAUGAUGGUAGGGUCAUUUUUUAAAAAUUUGUACCAAUUUUAAAGUUUUUUUUUUAUUUUUUUGAAUUUUGGUUUUGGCGCCAACUUUGGCACUGUGUUUUAGGACGGUAUUUACAAUGGUCUGUAUUAGAUUUAGUAUUAAAAAGCCAUUUCGGAUAAAAAUAGAUUGUUUUAGAUCUAUUUUUCACUAAUUUUUAUCAAAAAAUUCAAAUUUUAAGUUUUCCGCCAAAAUUUAGCAUUGUGUUUCAAGGUAGAUUAUCAGCAAUUUUUGACUUCUCUGUAUUUAUACUGUCCUAAGAUGCUAGUUAAGCAAAUUUCUGUCAUUAUAAUCAAAAAAUAUUGUCAAAACCCAAAAUUAAAAAAAAUUUUAAAUUUAAAAAUUCAGCCCUCCUCCAACGCAAAUUAGACGCCAAACCCGAGUACGAGGUUUUGGUGCCCAAAACCGAAGAGGAAUCGGAUCAAUUAAUCGCUUCCAACCUUGGCCUGUAUUUACAAUUACAAGACGAAGUGUUCCGCGAAGGUGGUCUUUCCGCAGCCUUGAGCGAGGUCAUUCAAAGUGUAAGUUACUCUUUGUUCGGUCUUACAGUGUUAAAUUUUACCCGGUAAAUGAAUCUCUAGAUUCUUCUGAAUCUUUUGAAUACAAAAUCAAGAAAUUUCAGAAGCUUUAAAGCGGUUAAAAAUGACGUUUUUAGCAAAAAACCUUGAUUUUUCAAUAUUUUUCCCAAAAAAGAAGGGCUGAUCAACUUUAACUCAAAUUACCAGCCCUACAAAGUAAUUUUAAAAUACAAAACUAGUAAUCAAAAGAAAGCUAAGAUAUGUAAAAAUAUUUAAAGAUGAUCAAAGUUGGAUUUGUAACCCCAACCGAACGAGAAGUCGACCGUUUUUACACGAUUUUCGAGCGAUUGUCCCCUCAAGAACUGACCAAACUGAGAAGUGGAAUUCCUAAACAAAUGGAGGAAAUUGAAAGUAAGAAUGGUUUAAUAUGCCCUAAAAUGCCUAAAGAUGUCAUUUUAACACAUUUUUUACGACCAAAAUUUUUUUUCAAAAUGUUUUAAAAUUAAAAAAUUUUUUUUUGAUAUUUUUUAGCCAAAUAGCUUUGAAAUGUCAUUUCUAUCUGAUUGUUCCCCAUUUUUCCAAAGUCUAUAAGCCAUCUUUUACAAAUUUCUCAUAUGACCUUAAUAUUGUGUCUCCAAAAACAGAUGUUACUACUGAUGUUACUACAAAACGAACGCCCGAUGAUUGACCACGAGUUUGAACUUUUACCGAGCAGUGUAACAACAAAAAGAACUGUUGUUUUUAAACGGUUUAAAAUGGGUUUUGUUCUCUAAAAAAGCUCAAAAUGUUGCAAAAAAAAUUUCAAUUUUGGCCGGAAGGAAAAAUUGGAGAUUGAUGAUUGAAAAAAUGCCAUAACUUUUUGACCACAUAAUAAAAAAUUUUAAAAAAUUGCUAAAAGACAUACUAUAUAACCUGGCACAAUAAUGUCAACUAGAAUUUUUUAUUUUACAAUUUAAAUUUAAAAAAGUUUUAAUUAAAAAGUCGAAGUUUGCCAAAAAAGCGUUUUCUAACAAAAUUUUUCAUUUUUAGGCACCUUGAAGGAGAUCAAAAGCUCCGAAACUGAAGUGAAACGUUCUGAGCGUGAGAACGCUCAUGAUGAACAACAGGAACGUUUAAUGUUGUCCAGAAUGAACCGUCGUGUUUAG